CACAGAUCUAAAUUCUACCCGCGCCAGUCAAAAAAUGAUGAGGGAAAUUGAUCCAAAAACAGCAUAAAACUCCCAAUGACCCCGAGUUGCUGACUUUACAUAUUUUUGUUCUCGCUUGAUGAAGAAAUUUGGGAUAUUUUCAUUGAUAAUUUUUCCUGCUUAAUAUUGUUUCAAAUACACGCGCGUAUAAAAUGUUGGAUUCAGACAACCCGUACGCAGCUUUGUCAACAGAUGGGAAUGCCGAUAUUGGAAACGGAAGUGAGAAGGAAGUCUCGUUCUUUCGAUUCAAAAGCUUAGCGCACGAUUCCAGAGUCAGGAUACCAAAUGCAGCCUUUAAGCAAACUAAAAUCAACAAAUCAACUGCUUUGUUUGAUUGCUCAAGUCAUUACAACUACUUUGUAGCAGCAACUUUGGAUGGUUUUGUUUUGGGUGAACUGAAAAAGUUGCGAACACAGAUAUAUGAGACAAAACGUGGCGAAACCAGCAGCUUGAAAGACUACAUUUUGGUGCCUGUAAAAGAAGGUCAAAUUGAUAUACUCUGUUUAUCAGCGAAUCAGUGCCAGUUGUUCAUUGCAGUUUCUGGUGGGAAAUUGUUAACGUACAAUAUCCAAGAUAUCAUCAAAAAUAAAGCAGAUGCAGUGCCAUUCGCCAUACAAGCAUUGGAUAGCGACAUCACAUAUAUGAAACCAAAUCCAGAAGCCUACACAGAUAUCAUUGCCAUUUGCACAAAAAAUAAUGAAUGUUCGCUGAUUAAGUAUGCUAAUCAAGAAGUCAUUACUACCAUACCCGGUAUUUUCACGAUGUGUUGGUCGCCCAAAGGGAAGCAAUUGAUUUGUGGUUCAAUGAAAGGUUGGCUUGAAGCCAUUGAUGUGCACGGUACUAAGAAAGAUGAAAUUCCUCCACCCUCGUCUAUGCAAGGCCGUUAUGUGAAUGCUGUGCAAUGGAUCGACAAUAACACCUUCUUUGUAGUUUAUUCUCAACCUUUCAACCCCGCUGACGAUACUGCAGAGCAUGUGCAUUCACCUUUUAUUGUCAAUCGCAAAGCUGCAAGUAAUGCUGAAAUGUAUGAAUUGCUAGGGGAAAUUAAUCCUGUUUUUGGCAUGGUUGAACGAGAGGAUCACUUUGAUAUACUCAUUGUACGUGAUUUCGGUGACGAUAUUAAGUGCUUGCUUAUCACUUUCGAUUCAGCCGCUACUGAUAUUUCUUUCGUGGGCCAAGAUAACGCAGGAAACUGGGCUACAUGGAUGAUAGAGCCUGCUCCAUGUUUACCAGUCUCAAGUGAUGGAGUCAACGAUACGUACGCUGUCGGAACAGGUAUAGAUUUCUCAGUCUCUGAACCUUUACCAGCCGUAGAUACAGCGGACGGUGGUGACGGAUCUACACCAGUACCGCCUAUGCCUGUUGUUUACUAUAUGACAACAGAUGGUGAUAUUUGUGCUUACCAGCUCUAUAAUGAAAACUUGGCCAAAAAGGUACAAGGCUAUACGGGUAUGGUUGACGCCAAAAAUAUGCAAGAUGUGCCUUUGACUAGAGAAAUUUCAAGCCCAUCUCUACAGCAAACCACACCUGUUUCAGCUUUCGGUGCUACUGUAGCGUCUGGAACUUUCCAGCCGGCUCCUUCUGCAUUCAGCGCUUUUACGUCAACAGCGACACCUAAUUCGGCCUUUGCCGCCGUUACAGGAUCACCUCAAUCAGCCUUUGCCUCAACUACUGGAAAACAGCCUUCAACACAUUUCCCAUCUUUUAGUAGCUUGGGUGCGAAUGUGACACCACAAAAAAUUAACACUAGUAUGAGUCCCUCCUCUGCAUUCCCAUUUACAGCAAAAAGUAGUAAUACUCUAGCGGCUACGUCGCCAUCGUUCGGUCAACCGUCAGCUUUUGGUAUGGUUGGGAACAAUGGUCCGAACAAUGCUCUUCCACAAACCCAAUCAUUUGCUUCCCUUGCAAAAGUGAGCUCGUCUGUUGCUAGCGGUAGCUUCGGCAGCAGCAAUGGCACUACUUUUAAGUUUAAUAGUACGUCACCUAGUGUCGGUUUUGGACAAAGCAGUACUUUCGGUCAGCCAAGCAACUUUGGACAGCCAAGCAACUUUGGACAGCCCAACUCAUUCGGUGCUAGCAAUCAAAAGAGUAGCCCGUGGGCUCAGCAAGCGAGUAAUGCAGCUUCAUCAUUUAGCGGCUUCCCAAAGCCCACUUCUACAAACGCCUCCAGCGAGGAAGCCAAACAAUAUCCGUUUGGAAAACCUCUUUUCAAUACUUCUAACACUGCCUCUAGCGAAACACCCGCAGACAGUAUGAAACAGACACAAACUAUGCAUGGAAAGGGAGAAAAUACAAGUGGUCAAUCUGCAGUGGGCAGUCUUGCUCAAGCUAUGGCCUCUACCACGGUUACUGAUGAGAUAAACGAUAAAAAAAAACAAGAGCAAAAAGAGGAAGAAUUGGAAGAACCAAGCAAUAAGGCUGAUGAAAGUGUUGUAGUCGUUGAAAACCCCAGUAGUCACAGUAGUAGUGGUAGCGAUGGUGUUCAUACGAUAGACGAAACAGAUGAAGAAGAAAAGGAGGACGACCAUCGAUCAUUAGACUUUUCAUCCUCAGAUAAAGUCUCUUUUAAUCAUACCGAAGACUAUGAUACGGAAAAAGAAGAGAAUCAAUCAGACGAAAUUGAAAGUGAUAUUAGUGAGAGAAAUGAAGAUGCUGAAGACUCAAAUAGUGAUCAGGAAGAUGCACAUACCGACAAAGCGGAGGAGCCAGUAUAUGAAGAGAAGGAACCAGGGCCUUUGAAUGAGACAGAAAAGCUUCCAAUGUCUACACCAUUCGAUGAAAUAACGAGAGAUCAGGGAGAUAACUUUGAAGGCAAACAGCAUCUCCAGCAGGCAAUCACGGAUAGAACAACUACUACUCAGAACGAUGUUUCUAGUAUGAGUCCAUCUAUACAGGUUGAAGUGACACAUCAACAGGAAAUUAUGCCUGAAGUGAGAGAGACAGAAAUAGAGAUUGAGUUGACAGAUGAUCAAAAGCAAAUGAUAGAAGAAGAGAAACGUAUGAUUGAGGAAGAAAAGCGUUAUGCUGAAGAAGAGCAACGAAGAGCAAACGAAGAAAAGAAGAAAGCAGAAGAAGCAAGACAAAAAGCUGAAAUCAUUAAGAAGAAGGCAGAAGAGGAAAUUCAAAAGGUGAGAGCUGAAAGACGUAGAGCAGAGGAGGUACGCCGCCAAGCCGAAGAGAGUAGGAUAAGGGCAGAGCAGGAGCGACGCGCAGAAGAAACACGAUUAGCAGAAGAAAAGCGUAAAGCUGAAGAAAAGCUUUUGGAAGACAAGAAAAGAUUAGCAGAAGAAAGCUUUCAGUUUGUUAGAAAGGAGAAGCAAAAACCAUCAGUAGCGGAAAUAAUAGAAGCUAAAAGGGCUCCCGGUUUGACAGGAAUUGCGAAGGCGUUUGAAGAUAUCUGUUUUGAUUUGAUGCAGGCAAUACAAGAGACAUCUACAAUAAUUAAUGAGAAUAAUGAGGACAUCACAUCUCACGAUAAAGAUAGCCUCGCGAAGAAAGACCUUUCUUGUUUUGAAAGAUGCGAUAUAAAGUGGAAAUUGUCAGAUAUCGAAGAAACGCCAUAUAUGACAAAAGCUUUGCUCAACCAAUGCGACAAGCUUUUCGAAUCAUUGGAGAAAUAUUUAACAUUAUCGACAGACUUGGCAGACAAUGUUGAUCGACUUACGUGCAAGAAAGAUACGAUUGCAAAAGCGAUUGAUACAAAGGACGUUGAUGCGAUGUUGAGUGAUGCCGUUAACAAUGAUCGCUCUUAUGUGGAAACAACAGUGAACGCAGAGUUGGAGAAGUUAAAGACAACGACAAGUAUUGUAGAAAGCAAAUUGGACAAACUCAAAAAGAAGUUGAAUAAUGAGGCGAAGAAAAAUAGCAAAUAUGGUCAACUGACCAAUCAAAGCUUACGUCGUAUUCUUCGUGAUAUUGAUCGUUCCAUUGACGAAGCACAAUCAAAGAUUAGAAGUAUAAUGAAAAAAGACUGCGCGUUGAAAUCCAUGGAAGACGAUGAAAAUGCAAAUAGCAGCAUUAAAAGCACCGAGUCUCAACAUGAAAAAGAUUUGAAAUCCAAGUAUCGUGCACGUAUGACAGAUCGUGCUGUAUUCCUCGGUCUUAUAGCCAAUUUGAAAUAAGCAAAGCUUUCCCCCACAUUUCACUUAACAGAGAUAUUAGGAACUUGGCUGCCAUUGAUCAUUAAAAUGAUACUUUAUGAAACUUGCUGUACAAUAUUAUGAAGAGUUGUACGUGAUGCUGUAAAUUGCCUUUAACCUAUUCUCACUGUUAACGGGCGUUGAGAGCUGUAUCUUCUACUGACAAUAAAUAACGAGCGUGGUGCUUAAAGUGUUCAAGCC